GCGAAAGGGUUGAUGUUGGUUGAAGAUGUAUACGACCUGGAUGAUAAAUUAAUUCCGAAAGGAGGAUCAAUUGUUGUUGCAGAAGGGGGAAACAAGACGUUAGUCUGUAAGACCAAUACGUCAGUGAAACUUCCUGUGGACCUGGAAUGGGAGAUUCCAAAGGGCAUGAUCAUGUUAUGGUACAUCGUUCGACCUCCAAAGCUUCUUAAUGACUCAAAUGAUAAUAGACUUGCUUUGCCAACACUAACUAUAGACUUCUCACCAACUUAUAUGGAUGACGAUGAUGGUGAAAUAGAGCUCGUUUGUAUCGUCAAAAAUUCCAGCCAAAUCAAUGCAUCCGUGAUAAUAAAAAAGGAGGGUGCGCAUGAACCCAAAACUGUCGGAAACAGUCCUAUGACGAGCCUGUACUAUAGUCAUUCAAACACAGAAUCCACAGCUGUCGGAAACAGUCCUGUAACGAGACUUCUGUAUAGUCAUUCAAGCACUGCUAAAUGUGGACAGUCGGAAGAUUGGAAGCCAGUGCACACUGUUAUUGUUGUUGGAUGUUUGAGCUUCGUAUUUCUCAUUACAAGCGUUUGCGGUAUCAUCGGUUAUAGAAAGAGAAUUGGGAAUGCAGACGGGGUUUCAAUGACCACCAUACACCUGAAGGACUCGAACCAAGAACCCGCUCAUGCUGAUUUUACCAUGUCCAAUCCUGGUGUUUGUGGAGAUCCCGCUGUUUCCCGAAGUGAUGUAGUUCCUAAGCAACCCAUCCAGGAUGCUCACGUAUACAUGGAGAUGAAGCCAAUAUCUCUCCCAACAAUUCCAUCCAAUCAUCAAACCAGUCCACCUGGUAACUUUUCUUCUCUGAAUCCAACACAACCAGCAUGUGAUUCAUCACUGCAAGCAUGGCAAGGGGGUUCAACUUUAGAUAUCAUUCUUAAUUCCUGUGACGGGGGAUACAUAUCCUGUUCAGGUCCUACAACAUUUCUUCCCCAGCAAGGAAUUGCGUUAGAAAGUCCUGAUUCGGUGAUCACCACAUAUUUAUAAUUAACUUCCAUAUGAUUGGUCAGGGUAUUAGUAAUAGUUACCAUUAUUUUAUAAAAAUGUCUUUUAGAGAAGCUGUGACCACAUCACAAAAAAGUGAAAUAGUAUUGCUAGGGAACACACAUUAAAAGACAUUUAAAUAUGUCUGAUCACGGAAGACAAAUUAAACAUAAAUUAGCAAUCUAUUUGUAAUCUAGAUUUUAUAACAUAAUCAACGUGGACUUGACAAAAUAAACAUUAUAUAUUUGUUUCUCCUUUUAAAUAUCAAGAUUAAUACCUGGUCAUGAAAUCCAUUUGUCUUAAGAAACUGUCUCAAGAUGAAAAAAAAAAAUCUUGAAUAGAAAUAGCUUGAAAGUCGUUUAUGCGUUAAUAAUGUAUAUAAAUUAUUGCAUUCUUCACAACUUUACACUGCAUUCGAGCAUUUCGAGGGACAAAUUACAGUUUUUGGGUGGAAUAGUUUUGAGAUACUUCGGAAAAGAAAUGCUUGGUUUGAUAAAGUUCCUAUGAAAGAAAAAUAUCAAUCCACUAAUCAAUACUAGACGUAACAUACUUUCAUCGGUAAACGGACCGGGCGUGACUAUGGGCCUUUUUCACACGAGAAUCUUGAAUCAUCAUUGUACUGAUGAUUGCAAGUCGUCUUUAGAAUCAUCGGACCUUUCACAAGCCCACUCUAAAAUUGUGAUUUGAAUUCAAAUUCCAGAACGAAGGUGGUAUGUUUCCUUGUAGUCCAGUCAAUAUAGGGUUUGACCCACCACUCAUGCAACACGAGAUAUUCCACUGCAAUUCUUUCAAGGAAGGUCCCCUAAACAACAUACCAAAAGUCCCAAGAAAUCCAAGCAGUAGAAAUUUAUGAAAUUUGCAUAUUAUGUAAAUUAGCGCUAAAAAGUUAG